CUCUCGGACCCGGAGAGGGAGGAGGGUACCAGGCAGAUGGUACCACACAGACGGGAGUGCGGCCCUUCUUUCUGAUGCCUGUUUCCCCAGCACUGGGCCCAGGGAGCCCAGGAAGGCACCCUUCAUCCCAGCAUCGCUUACGUACACACACAGGAAGUCCCUCCUUCAGUCUCUCCUCCAUCCCUCCUGUUGCGGGACCGGGCCAGGAAGAACGAUGCUGGCUCUCAGUGUAAAACCCCCUGGACAGGAAAAGGACGUGGUUCCCUCAGUGUUUGGUCACCCAGGUCGUCAGACCCCAGUUAUCACCCCUCUCAUCCUCUCCCCUCUCCUCUCCCUAGUCCUGACCCCCAGUAGGUGGCAGGGAGUGGGGGGGGGGGCAGUCCUUGCCACAUCUCUGAGCUAAAUAUACCCCAGCAGUUUGCACAUGUAGCAACUCUGCUUGUAACCUGAGCCCCCGGGGGGGACGGGCAGUUUGGGCACCUCCUAGGCCAGCGGGGCCGGGCACUGAGGGCGCUGAUAUGGAGGCACCCAGCCGGACCCUCGUGGUGGGCUCUGCGGAGUCCUAUACCAGCCGCCCAUCGGACUCUGACGUGUCUCUGGAGGAGGACCGGGAAGCCUUAAGGAAGGAGGCAGAGCGCCAGGCAUUAGCCCAGCUUGAGAAAGCCAAGACCAAGCCGGUGGCAUUUGCUGUUCGGACAAAUGUCGGCUACAACCCGUCUCCGGGGGACGAGGUGCCUGUGCAGGGAGUGGCCAUCACCUUCGAGCCCAAGGACUUCCUGCACAUCAAAGAGAAAUACAACAACGACUGGUGGAUCGGGCGGCUGGUGAAGGAGGGCUGUGAGGUGGGCUUCAUCCCCAGCCCCGUCAAACUGGACAGCCUGCGCCUGCUGCAGGAACAGAAGCUGCGCCAGAACCGCCUCAGCUCCAGCAAAUCAGGUGACAACUCCAGCUCCAGUCUGGGAGACGUGGUGACUGGCACCCGCCGCCCCACACCCCCUGCCAGUGGUAACGAAAUGACUAACUUAGCGUUUGAACUAGACCCCCUAGAGUUAGAGGACAUGGAGGCCGAGCUUGGGGAGCCUGGCGGCUCCGCCAAGACUAGUGUUAGCAGCGUCACCACCCCGUCACCCCACGGCAAGCGCAUCUCCUUCUUCAAGAAGACAGAGCACGUGCCCCCCUAUGACGUGGUGCCUUCCAUGAGGCCCAUCAUCCUGGUGGGACCGUCGCUCAAGGGCUAUGAGGUCACAGACAUGAUGCAGAAAGCUUUGUUUGACUUCCUGAAGCAUCGGUUUGAUGGCAGGAUCUCCAUCACUCGGGUGACAGCGGACAUUUCCCUGGCUAAGCGCUCAGUCCUCAACAACCCCAGCAAACACAUCAUCAUUGAGCGCUCCAACACACGCUCCAGCCUGGCUGAGGUUCAGAGCGAGAUCGAGCGAAUCUUCGAGCUGGCCCGGACACUUCAGCUGGUUGCUCUGGACGCCGACACCAUCAACCACCCGGCCCAACUCUCCAAGACCUCACUGGCCCCCAUCAUUGUUUACAUCAAGAUCACCUCUCCUAAGGUACUUCAGAGGCUCAUCAAGUCUCGAGGGAAGUCUCAGUCCAAACACCUCAAUGUGCAAAUAGCGGCCUCGGAGAAGCUGGCGCAGUGUCCGCCUGAAAUGUUUGACAUCAUCCUGGACGAGAACCAAUUGGAGGACGCCUGUGAGCACUUGGCCGAAUACCUGGAAGCCUAUUGGAAGGCCACACACCCGCCCAGCAGCACUCCGCCCAACCCGCUGCUGAACCGCACCAUGGCUUCCGCCGCCCUGGCCGCCAGCCCCGCCCCUGUCUCCAACCUCCAGGGACCCUACCUUGCUUCUGGGGACCAGCCGCUGGACCGGGCCACGGGGGAGCAUGCCAGCGUGCACGAGUACCCGGGGGAGCUGGGCCAGCCCCCAGGCCUGUACCCCGGCGGCCACCCACCAGGCCGGGCGGGCACCGUGCGGGCACUGUCCCGCCAAGACACGUUCGAUGCCGACGCCUCCGGCAACCGAAAUUCUGCCUACACCGAGCUGGGAGACUCGUGCGUGGACAUGGAGACCGACCCCUCCGAGGGGCCCGGGCUGGGAGACCCCGCCGGGGGCAGCACCCCGCCAGCUCGGCAGGGGUCCUGGGAGGACGAGGAGGACGACUACCAGGAGGAGCUGACUGACAACCGGAACCGGGGCCGGAACAAGGCCCGCUCCUGCGCCGAGGGCGGCGGCCCGGCGCUGGGCCGCAACAAGAACGAGCUGGAGGGCUGGGGGCGCGGCGUGUACAUCCGCUGAGCCGGCCGCUCUGGGGGGAAGGACGCUGAGCCCCGGGAGGUGUCUCACCUCCAGGGGCGCUUCUCUUUCAGAUGCCUUUGCUCAGUGUUGGUUUUUUGUUUUGUUUUUGUUGUUUUAAGGUGGUAGCAUCCCAGCUCCUGGGAGUCCCUUCAGCUCCAGCUGUAGGGUUUUAUCUCCCCGCGGUGGCUGGAGGGGGGAUGCCCACCUACCUGUCUGCAGUGUCUCCUCUUCCCCACCUCGGGGGGUCUCUGUCCCCUCACUCUCCCGGAGAAAAGGUGCGCUUCCUUAGCUCUUUCUACUUGGGCCUCUCAGCCGGGAGGCCCCUUUUUCCAACCUGGAGGACUUGGGGAGGGGCAGGGGGCUUUUCCUGGAGAGAGAGAGACCACAGGCUUUUCCGUGAGUGUUCUCUUCCCAAACUCCAGGCCAGGGUCCCUCCUCAUGCCCAGCUUCCCCCUCCUUCCCUCACCCCCAGCUUUCUGGCAGCAUCUGUAAGAGGGAGCUCCCGGCUGGAAGCCCCUUGCGGGGGGUGUCUGGGUAGAAACUGAUGGGCAUCAGGUGUAGUGCCAUCUGCCCACCCAGGACCUAACCCUGAGGAGUGGGCGAUUGGAGACACUCCCCCCCCCCCCCCCGACCGCCCCCACCUCCCAUGCCUCAGCCUUGACCUGCCCCAGGAAUGAGCUUGGCCUACAAUGUCCCUUGCCUGCUGCCACCAGAAGAGGGCCCUCCACACCCCUGUGGGGCCCAUGGAACACUCUGGUCCGCCUCAUGUUGAAACCAAAAACUGCCCCUUCAUCCUCCCCCAAAACCCCUGGAGAGAGGCCCUUGGGGCUGGUGCCCAAGAAGUGAUCACUGCCCCCCGGGACCACGGAUCCCUCUGGGGGGCGUGGCUGCUGCUGCUGCUGCUGCUGCUCUGUGUUUGCCUCUUGUGAUCCUGCUCUUUACCCAUGUCCACUCCACUCCCCCCCCCCAGGAGAGGCCUUCCCAUCCCCCUCCGACCCCAGUGUCCCUCUGCCUGGCAUCCCCUCAGCCCAGCAGCCUGCCCCUCCUGGCAUCCCCUCAGCCCAGCUGGGCCAGAGAGAGCCGAUUGUGCCAACGAGGACUGGGCCCUGCCCGGCUGCCCACCUCAGGGAUGGGCACCUCAUGCCUGUCUCGCCACCUCCUGUGCCAAUGUUGUCCCACCC